AUGAAAUUUACUACUGCUUUUGCUAUUUUGUCAGGUUUAUUAGUUGCUAAAGCUAAUGCUGAAUCUGCCUCUACCACUAUCAAUCCUGCUUCUCUUGCUAGUGCUCUUGCUGAUGCCAAGGUUUCCGUAUCUGCUUCUCCAAGUGGAUCCUCAGCUGAUAUUAAUAUUAAAGGCAAUGGUGGGGCUACUUUAGGAAAUAUUGAUUUCAGUUGUAAUGAUCAUUGUCACUUGGCCAUUAAAGCUGUCAAGGACAAUUGUAAUGGGAAGGAUUUUGAUUGUAUUGAUAACUUGUCUGAUGAUCAAUUAUGGAAUCACGUAAAGGAAUGUAACUGUAUCAAUCCAUUUGGUCUUCUCGACACUAACACCCUUAAAACUGGUAUUAUCAAAGCUGGUAAAGCCAACAUUAACAUUCAAGGUAGUGGUUCCAUCGAUUUUGGCAACACCCUUUCUACACUGACAACCACUUCAUCUUAA